AUGCGCAGCAAAAAACUGACAGAAGUUGAAAGCGCACAAAUCAAUGAAACUGUUGUAAAUGAUACCCGAGAAAACGAGCCAGAAGAACGAGUAGAGGACGUUGAGGAAGUCGAGGACGGUGCUGAGAAUGUUGUUGUGCCUAACGCUGUUGAGAAUGCUCCUGAACAUGGUCUGGAGAAUGAUGAAGAACAGAAAGGAAAGUUGAACCAAGAUAAAGUUGUGAAGAUGAGAACGGAUAUUUUGGAAGAAUUAUCUCUUAUCCAGCAUGCUAUCAUUAAUGAGCGAGAGCCUUUAUUGAAAAUUCGACAUACCAACAAAUACAGAAAUAUAAUUGAGGUCGGAAACGAAGCCCUAAAACAACUAUGUGAGGAAACCGACCCAAACCUUACAGAACUAAACGAACUGGUAUAUGCAACAGGAAAAGUAAUCCAAAAAAGAUGUGGUGUCAAACCUAAGAGAAAGAAAAGAAUUGUAUGUAAGCCUAGUAAACCGAAAUGGCAAGUAAAAAUUGAUAAAGAAAUCGAGAACCAUAAAAAGGAAAUUUCUCUUCUAGAAGAGCUUCAGAAGGAUAAAGAAAUAAAAUCUGGCAAGGCUAGAAAAGUUCUGCGAAAGUAUAAGAUAAAAAGCAAAGACCAAGUACCAGCUAUUCAGGAAGAACUAAAGCAAAAACUACAAGUUAAGGCUCAGCGACUACGGAGGUACAUUAAACGGAAUAAAUUCUAUAGACAGAACAAAAUCUUUGAAACAGACCCUAAAAAGUUCUACCGAGAGAUCGGAAAAUCAGAUUUCACUCUAGAUGAAAUACCGUCAGAAGGACAAAUAUGUGAAUUCUGGAACAAUAUCUGGGGAAAAGAGAAAAGGCAUAAUGAGAACUCUGAAUGGCUGAACAUCUUCGAAAGCAACACGAAUAAUAUCCCCGAACAGGAAUGGGGAGAAAUAAAAGUGGAAGAAAUACAAAAAGCUCUUAGAAAGUCUCACAAGUGGAAAUCACCAGAAAUCACCAAAUCCCAAACUUCUGGCUUCACACUCAACACUCAGCACAUUCAAAAUUAG